UUUCAGCUAUACACAAUAUGCAGACCAUCACAAUUUUGGCCCUCAUUGCCUGUGUCGCUGUCCCAAUCUUCGCCGACUUUGACCACCUCCGCGCAAGACGGGACGUCGUCGAAUCUUCAGGAGAAGGGUCUGGCGAGUCAUCCGGUGAGAAGCCAGUCGUCGAAUCCUCCGGUGAAGGAUCAGGAGAAUCUUCUGGAGACAAGGAAGCCGUUGAGGCGUCUGGAGAAGGAUCCGGGGAAGGAUCCGGUGAUGCAACCCUUGAAUCAUCUGGAGAAGGAUCUGGGGAGUCUCACAACGCAGUGGUAGCUUCUGAUUCACCAAAGGAUGUUAAAGCUCUUACAGCCAACGAGUUCGCCGUUUCAGUUUAGAUGAUACUCGUAACUUUUCGAGUCCUCCCGAUUAGUAAUUUAUCGACACUUUAUGUUGUUGAGCCUUUCCCCCUUCCAUUGAUAUUUGUACUUAAAUUGUCUGUCAUAUUGGCCGGUGUAGAUUUUUCUUGAAGAAAAAAAAAGAAAAAGAAAAUAAAAGAUUGAAUAAAAAU